GGGAGCAUGAAUAAUGGAUUUGGGCCGUUGUAGAUGUCCGAAGUGAGUGCCCUUGCUCCAAAAAGGUUUUUUUAUAGGCCUCUUGGAGAGACAUUUUUAAGACAAUUUUAAUCAGUUAAACGACUUCGAAGAUGAAAAAGGAGCAACAAAAAUUUUCAUGUCAGCUCAGGAGCAGGGGAUAAUCCAAACCCAAUCCAAUCUGUGGUUCCAUUUCCACCACACAAUAACCAAAAAGAACCCCUCAUCUCAAAUUCUGUUCGAGUUCGACAAUCUAAAAGUAAUAAUUAUUCAUUUUAACCCCACCUCAAAUCAUGAAUGCAUUGGCAUAUGCAACUCCUUCAACCAAAAUUGCUACCCAUUUUUACCAUUUUCCAAAACUCAGCUCAAGAAAAGGGCAUCCUAGUUCUUAUCUCUUAAAUCAACAAAAGCUAUCAGUUUUAGCGUGUUCCAGUAGUAGUUCUGACAGUGGUGGUGGUGGCGAGAAAAAGUCCGAAAAGCGCAGCUUCUUGUCAUUAGAAGAAGCCGGUCUUGUUGAAAUAUCUGGGCUUAGCACCCACGAGCGAUUUCUCUGCAGAUUAACGAUAUCAUCCCUAAAUCUUCUAAGAGUGAUAUCAGAACAGGAAGGUUGUAGUAUAGAGGAACUGAAUGCUGGGAAGAUUUGUGAUUGGUUUUUGAAGGAUAAGCUGAAAAGAGAGCAGAAUUUGGGAUCUGCGGUGUUGCAAUGGGAUGAUCCUGAUUUUGGAUUUUAAGUGUUUGAUGUUUUUUUGGUUCUGCACAAUUGUAUUAGCUCUGCCCAUAUUCAUGUAAUAACGACGAUGAAUCUUCUGAAAAAUACAUAUUGAAGUUGAGAAAGUUACAUAUUUCAGUCGACCCAAUUGUAUAUGUGAUCAUUGAACAUCUAAAAUACUGGGAGACUGUGAAUUUGGUUUUUUGACGGAUAAAGCUAAAGGGUAAACAGAAUUUGGAAUCUGCCAUUCUACAGGGAGACGGAUGACCCUUUUUUCAAGUUUGAUUUCUUGGCUCUGUUCAUCAAUUAUAGGUUGCCAAUUAGCUGAGAGACAGAUUAACUUCAGUCUAAUUAGCUUCGAAUGUUGUUAUAGACUUCAGUUAGUUCUUUUCUACAUGUGUCAAGGUCAACAGCUGCUUUCGAUUUCUGUUUGGAUCAGUAAAACUUUCAAAAUUAACCCAGGAGAUGAUGUGGGUUAACUUGCCUCUGCU